AUGAGCUCAUCCACCCCUUCUGGUAGUUUGGAACUACAGUCCGUCAAUAUUAAAGAUGAGAUAAAACCAGCAGUUCUUCACCAGGAAGACGUGUAUGAGGACCCAGGCCAGCCCAAAUACGACCUGGACCUCGAAGGUCCACGCACACAUGCGUUACUCGAAGAUAAGCUCGCCCUCGAUGAGGAAAUCGAACAGCUCGAUAAACUGGGCGACUCGUUCAAACGCGAACGUUCGAUAUGGCAAACAAUCGCCUCUCUAGACAUGGGAGUGGAUUUCGAAGACAAACGCUACAUGGUGUACAUGCUCGGUGCUUUUGCCUCUGCAGCCGGUAUUUUGUCCGGUAUCGACCAAUCGAUCAUCUCGGGCGCCUCCUUCGGAAUGAACGAUAUGCUCAAGCUAACGGAACACCAGUCGUCGUUGAUCUCAAGUCUUAUGCCGCUCGGAGCCAUGGCGGGCUCCAUUUUAAUGUCUCCGCUCAACGAAUGGUUGGGCCGUAAAACCUCCAUCAUCAUCUCCUGUGUCUGGUACACAGUGGGCGCCAUCUUGUGCGCUGCAGCCACCAACCACCACAUCAUGUACGCGGGUCGUUUCAUUCUAGGUGUGGGUGUGGGUAUCGAAGGUGGUUGUGUUGGUAUCUAUAUUUCGGAAUCCGUCCCUGCCACCGUUCGUGGUAACCUUGUGUCCAUGUAUCAGUUCAACAUUGCUCUGGGUGAACUUUUCGGAUAUGUCAUUGGUGUCAUUUUCUUCGAUGUACAUGGCGGUUGGCGAUUUAUGGUCGGGUCUUCAUUAGUGUUCUCCACGCUUCUAUUCGUCGGUUUGUUCUUUUUGCCCGAAUCUCCACGUUGGCUACUUCACAAAGGUCGUGUUGGCGAAGCCUGGAACGUUUGGAAACGUCUCAGAAAUGUGUCUUUGGAUUCCAACAAAGUGGAAUUUCUUGAAUCUCGCCAAGCUGCCCAACAGGACGAAGAGCUUCGCAAGAACGAAUCUCGUUUCCAAAACUGGUUCGACUUGGUGCGCAUUCCUCGUAACAAACGUGCUCUCAUUUACGCCGUGAUGAUGGUCUCUUUGGGUCAGUUGACAGGUAUUAAUGCAGUCAUGUACUACAUGUCUACUUUGAUGCAUGAAAUCGGAUUCAGUCAUAAAAGAUCGGUUGCUAUGUCCAUGGUUGGUGGAGCUGCUUUGUUAAUUGGAACCAUCCCAGCCAUCUUGUGGAUGGAUCGUUUUGGAAGACGUGUAUGGUCAAUGAACCUGGUUCUAUUUGCAGUCGGGUUGGUACUGGUUGGUGUUGGUUACAAGAUCAAUCGUGAAACCAACUUGCCUGCUGCGGAGGGUGUUUACUUGACCGGACAAAUUCUUUACAACAUGGCGUUCGGUUCCUAUUCUGCCUUGACAUGGGUUUUGCCAUCGGAAUCGUUUUCAUUGGCAACCAGAUCUGUUGGUAUGACCGUAUGUUCCACAAUGUUGUACCUCUGGAGUUUUACCGUCACUUACAACUUUGAACGUAUGCAACACGUUAUGACAUACACCGGUUUGACGUUAGGCUUUUACGGAGGUAUUGCCAUUGUCAUUGGUAUCCCAUACCAAUUGUUAUGCAUGCCUGAAACAAAGAACAAGACUUUGGAAGAAAUUGACGAUAUCUUUUCGAUGCCUACAAGGACUUUGAUGAAGCACAAUAUCGCUAAUAUGAAGAGAACGCUAAAGCGGUUUACUUCCAGAUCUUAG